AUGCUGGGCUGGUGUGAAGCGAUAGCCCGUAACCCUCACAGAAUUCCAAACAACACCCGAACACCUGAGAUCUCAGGGGAUUUGGCUGAUGCCUCACAAACCUCCACAUUGAAUGAAAAAUCCCCAGGACGAUCUGCAAGUCGAUCGAGUAAUAUUUCAAAAGCAAGCAGUCCAACCACAGGGACAGCUCCCCGGAGCCAGUCAAGGUUGUCUGUCUGUCCGUCUACUCAGGACAUCUGCAGAUCUGCCUUCUUGCAUGACAUGUCAGAAGACGCAUUUGAGCAAUGCACCCCUGUAAUGGUGCUGAGCCCUGCUAGGAAGGAGUCUGGUAAGAAAUCAGUGAAACAGAGGCCUAGGAGGAGGAAAAGGGCCUCUGAGAGAUAUGAACAUGCAGAAGAACAAAUAAAAGGGCGAAGAAAUGAUUUUCACCUCCAGAUCUCAAGCCCCAGAUGGAGUGAGCUUUACACAGAUUCUUCAGAUUUGUCUUCCAUAGAUGAGAGUCAUUGGAUUCAGGCAAAAAGAAGAGCCCAAGAGAAAUUCUGACUGUCACAUAGAAGGAGAAAUAAUAAUAAAUCAUGUGGAAACUUGGAUGGGGCUUCUGCUCCUAAUGGAAUUGAUCUGGUACAUCUGGGCUCCAAAGGUAAAAAGUGAGAAGAGCUGACUGAAUGUGAGAGUAGCUCCUUAAAUCUCUGCAGAGGAAAAGGCACAUGGUACCAAGAGUGCAGUCUCUCCCUGCCUAGGGGAUCCUGUGAGAUUAAGAGAUCCUCAAGGAACCAUGAAGAAAGCAAAGGCAGGUACCACCGCAGGGACCCACAGCUCUUGCAUAGUCUUAGGCAAAAUGACCCAAUCAACAAAAGAUUUUCAGAAACAGAUUCCAGCACUGAAAUAUUGGCAGUCACAGAAGGCGGCAAGUAUGUGGAUGACUCAGGGUUCCAGGUGAAUGACCCUCUUCAGAAGCCUCCUGCCACCUACCGUGUGGGGCCUGAGCAUUUAAAAAUAUGCAGGAUCUGUCACUGCGAAGGAGAUGAAGAGAGCCCCCUCAUCACACCCUGUCGCUGCACGGGCACCCUGCGCUUUGUCCACCAGUCCUGCCUCCACCAGUGGAUCAAGAGCUCAGACACGCGCUGCUGUGAGCUCUGCAAGUACGACUUCAUAAUGGAGACCAAGCUCAAGCCCCUCCGGAAGUGGGAGAAACUACAGAUGACCACGAGCGAAAGGAGGAAAAUAUUCUGCUCCGUCACAUUCCACGUCAUCGCCAUCACCUGCGUGGUUUGGUCUUUGUAUGUAUUAAUAGAUCGGACGGCGGAAGAAAUCAAGCAAGGCAAUGAUAACGGUGUCCUUGAAUGGCCCUUUUGGACGAAACUGGUUGUGGUGGCCAUCGGCUUCACAGGAGGUCUCGUCUUCAUGUACGUACAGUGCAAAGCCUACGUCCAGCUGUGGCGCAGGCUGAAGGCCUACAACCGCGUGAUCUUUGUGCAGAAUUGCCCGGACACUGCCAAAAAGCAGGAGAAGAGCUGCUCGUGCGCCGUCAACACGGACCUCAAGGAUGCUGUCGUCGUGCCCGUGCUGCAGACGGGCACGAGCUCACUGCCCUCCGCGGAAGGCAGCCCCCCCGAAGUCAUCCCCGUGUGACAGGACCGGGUGGGCCUCCCUUCACGGAAGAGUGUCUUUCUAGUCCUCAGCCACUACAAAUGACAGAAACGGUCCCGAAUCACUCACUCUUCCUUAUCUUCUCCCCGCUCUCCUCCUGACUCAGUUUUCCUUACUUCGCUCAAAAAGGAGGAAAAGACACCAAAUGACCAGGAUCCCAUGAAGCAGGGUCUGAAGUGUGAUACGUAAAAGUUGGCUGAAGAGGAGUUUCUAAAACAAUCAAAGACCGCCAGACCAAGGGACGCUUUUAGGCGGCGUUCAUCAUCAGAUUGCGUGGACACAUGAGUCUUCACGGCAGCAGGGGAAGUCAGAGUACAGACUUGAAUCGCGAUGUCUUUCUUCUAAGGUUUCGUAGUGUUAACUAUCUCAUCUG